AUGGACGUGGAACUAUAUGUUUACGACUUGUCUCGGGGCAUGGCGAGGCAAUACUCUAUGGCUAUCGCUGGCGUUCAAAUCGACGCAAUCUAUCAUACAGCCAUCGUGUUUGGUGGCGUCGAAUAUUUCUUCGGUCAGGGUGUACAUCGGAAAGUGCCAGGCUCAACCCAUCAUGGCAGACCUAUGAAAGUCGUACGUCUUGGGAAAACAGAAUUACCACCAGAGGUAAUCGAAGAGUACCUGGAAUCGCUAGAGGCAAUCUACACACCUGAAUCCUACGACUUGUUUCUACACAACUGCAACAACUUCUCCCAAGACCUUUCGGUCUUCCUUGUCGGAAAGUCUAUACCAGAUGAGAUCAGGAAUUUGCCCGAGACGUUUUUAAGAACACCCAUUGGUCAAAUGCUGCGAAGUCAACUAGACCAGAGUAUGCGACAAAUGACACAGGCCCCAGAUGCAGUCGCAGGGAGGAGUGUCGUGCGACCCACAGCACCAGUCUCCAACAGUGUAGCUCCGCGACCAACGACGAACGGAGCACAGUCGCAUGUCAAGCAUGGCCCGGGAGUCUUUCAGAACGGACUGCAACAACAGAGUCAGUCAGGACGUGUACAUUAUCCGAAAAGUACUAGCGAUCUUGACAAGCUAUUGAGGCAAGCAGAGAACAGCUGUGCUGCCAUCUUCUUCACAUCUGCCACCUGCCCGCCAUGUAAAAUGGUCUAUCCUGCCUACGAUGAGUUGGCAGCCGAAGCUGGAGACAAAGCCGUCCUCAUAAAGGUUGAUGUCAGCCAAGUCUACGAUAUUGCCAUGCGCUACCAAGUCCGAGCCACACCCACUUUCAUGACAUUUCUCAAGGGCAAGAAGGACCAAGAGUGGAGUGGUGCCGAUGCAGCAAGACUUCGAGGCAACAUUCGCUUACUUGUGCAGAUGGCACACCCUCAGCAUGCACACUCCAGGCUGCGACUACCAAGUUUGCAGCAGAAGAUUAAGACACCAAUAAUGUACACCAAGGUGCCACCAAUGGAGAAGCUACUUGGAAAAAUAGGCAAGCCGGCAGAAGAACAGCCUGUACAGGAACUUGUGGGAUAUAUUCGUUCUCGAGAGAAGAAUGGCAUGACGGACACAGCCAUAUCGAAUUUACACAACUUUAGUGACUGGUUCACGAACAAGUUCUCACAAUUACCAGCCGAGAUUCACUUCGCAAUCAUCGACCUCGUACGUAUCGCUGCGACAGAUACACGAGUAAGUGGAUUCCUCGCAGCGGAACCAGGGCAUCGCAUACUACGAGCCAUCGUAUCAGAGGAUGCAGACUUCUCUAACAAGCCUUACAACGUCCAGGCGGUUACGCUGCAGUUGUUCUGCAACAUGUUUGGAUCAGGUGUCUGGCAGGAAGCACUCCUUAGCAAGUCCAACGAGGUUCGAGGCAUGAUCGAGCGACUCGCGUCUGGAUGUCUCUUAGCACAACAUAACAACGCACGAUCACUAGCAGCAGCGCUUAUUUACAACCUAGCAGCACACGAUCACAACGAGAGAGUCGACGGUCGUAUGGACAAGUUAGACGUCUCAAGCAUGGGUGAUCUCGAAGCGGCACUGGUACAAGCUGUGAUUGACGAAGAAGAAAACGUGGAGACAUUGCAUGCAUUACUUUUGGCGCUGGGUUUGAUUCUGUAUGGUGGGCCGACGGACUCGUCUACUUGGGAACUUUGCAUGGCGAUGGAGCUGCGGGAGUCACUAAAGGCCAAAAGAAAGAUGGCGGCAUUUUCCAAAGAACCACUGCUUGAGGAGCUUGAAGAAUUAUUGGCGAAGGGCGGAUCGUCGUGA